GUGCGCCUCCGCUCUGGCAGUCGUUGCGUGGCAUGCAUGAAUGCCUCCUCACGUUUGUCAUCGCAGUCACCUGCUGGUCGGACGCGUCGCGGAAGGAGAAGCUGCGGGAGUGCCGCACCAGGUGCCGCAGACCGUGCGGGAUGUCGGUGUAUGCCGCUAACAUCUUUGGCAGCGAUUACAAGGACGCACAACCUCACGAAAUCUACGUUGUUCUUCUACUCGGAUCCUAUCGAAGGAAAAUCAUCGAGUCGAGACCUAUGCUGACGGGCGACACCCUGUUCUCGUACUUGGAGGGCCACAUCGGCAUGUGGCUCGGCCUGACGCUGUUCUCGGCAGCCGGGCUGGCGGCCGGACUGUACCGGAGGGCAGCCGACUUCCUCCCGCAGAGCGCAUAGUUGCCCGACUCGCCCACAA